AGCGCAGUCCUCCAGCUUCCCGGCAUUCCCUCUUGCCGGCUGAAGAUGGCGGUGAUGUUGCCGAUGAUGGGGCGAAUUGAGAGGUUGGGGCCUGAGCCCACUCGGUGCUGCUCCAAUCUUCACCCCGACUGGAUGAGGAGGGAAGUCAGUACAGGGACUACUAUUAUGGCCGUAGAAUUUGAUGGUGGUGUUGUCAUUGGUGCAGAUUCAAGGACCACAACAGGAUCAUACAUUGCAAACAGGGUCACAGAUAAACUGACUCCUAUUCACGAUCUGAUCUUCUGCUGCCGCUCAGGAUCGGCAGCUGACACCCAGGCAAUUGCAGAUGCAGUGACUUAUCAGCUCGGCUUCCACAGCAUUGAACUUGAUGAACUUCCGCUGGUGCAGACUGCUGCCAAUUUGUUCAAAGACAUGUGUUAUAAAUACCGGGAGGAGCUGAUGGCUGGGAUCAUCGUCGCUGGGUGGGACAGAAGAAAUGGUGGACAGGACCAGAGGAGCCAACGCACUCGAUCACCACCAUCAAGAACGCUUACCGUGCCAUCGCAAGCCCACACUUUGGUAUACACAGUCCCAAUGGGUGGGAUGAUGGUGCAGCAGCCAUUCUCAAUUGGUGGCUCUGGAAGUACCUAUAUAUAUGGUUAUGUUGACUCCACCUACAAACCCGGAAUGACAAAAGAGGAGUGCUUGGACUUCACAGCAAAUGCUAUUGCACUUGCGAUGGAUCGUGAUGGUUCAAGUGGUGGGGUGAUUCGUCUCGCAGCCAUCACUCAGAAAGGAGUUGAACGCAAGGUUGUCUCGGGAAGCCAACUACCUUGCUUUGCUUCAGCUUGAAGAUGGAGCAAUUCAGCUCUGUCAUUUUGCAUUGCACCCGAAUAGUCCUGCUGCUGAAAAAUGUAAUUUCAAGACUCUGACUUGGCAAUGCACAGUGUUAGUCAAUGUUUCAGACCGCGACUUGUAAAAUGUCACAAAUAAAAUUGCGGAAAUGAGAA